AUGCUGCUACUUUAUUCACUUGCUUUCAUCUCACUGUCUGAAUGUUUUUGCAGUGCACUGAAUGGUGUUAGUUCAUCGAAAGUCGCGUUAUAUCAACCAAUUCCAGAGUCCAAACCGCCACGUUGGAAGUGCUUGAACUCAACCCAAGAGAUUCUGCAUUCUGCGGUCAAUGACAAUUAUUGUGACUGUGAAGAUGGGACAGAUGAGCCAGGGACUGAUGCUUGUCCCAACGGAUGGUUUCACUGCGCGAACCGAGGACACAUUGGUGCAGAUAUUCGCAGUUCACGUGUCAACGAUGGCUUAUGUGAGCCAGAGUGUUGCGAUGGCUCUGAUGAACCUCUUGGCGUGUGUCCUGAUAUCUGUGACCAAGUCGGCGAGGAGUACCGACGCGCCGCCGACGUUGAGCGGAAACUACGAAAGACCGGAUCCAAGAUUCGUUCGACUUACAUAGCACAUGCCCAAAAGGAAAAACGACGUCUGGAGCAGUCUGUCGAAAAGCUCAGGGCCGAUGUUGAACGGAAUGAAGCAGAGGAGGCUCGUUUAUUGGGUAUUUUGAAGCAUUCCGAAUCGCUUGGUGCCGCUAUGAUAGAGACGAGGAAAACGUCAUCAACCUACGGACUCCUCAAAGAUUACGUCUCUGCCUUGAGCGCCCUUUCGGCGAGAGAGGACAAACUCAGAGAACGGCUGAAUACGCUGGAAACCAUACUUGUCAAUCUAAAAAACGGGUACAAUCCCAACUAUCAGGAUAUGGCCGUUCUUGAGGCGGUUCGUGGGUGGGAUGCACUGAAGCCUUCGCAAGAGGCCGGCGAGGUUACUGAAAGCAGUGAAACUACUGAAGCCCCCGAAGUCAGUGAGGCGAACAGGGGUUCGGAAGAGGGAGUUCCGUCUCUUGAAGACCAAGGAACAGAAGAUCUUUGGAAUGACGACCGCAUUCGCAUUUUGAGGGACACCGAUGCCUUGGAGGCUUUGCUCGAUCAUGAAAGGCAUAUUGGAUCUACCAGGGAAGAGAUUCCUCAAGUUCUGUUCUCUAUCGAAAAUUAUAUCCCUGACUCCCUCAUGCCGUUGUACGAGUCAGCAAAACGAACUCUUCUUAAUACUCUUCACUCCCUUAGUAUCAUCAACGCGGCAAUUGAUGUCGAUAAGCAUAGAGCUACCCAUCAGUCCGCAUUGAACGUUCUUAGACAAUCACAAGACCAACUGAAGCAGAAUGAAGAUGACCUUGACAAACUUUUUGACCCCGCGCAUUUCGGAAAACAGGGAGAAUGGAAGAAGUUGGAUGGAGAGUGCAUCGAAAAGGAUAUUGGGGAUUAUACAUACUCCCUGUGCUUCUUUGAUUCAGCUCAUCAAAAGUCUCGUAACGGAGGAAGCAAUAAUUUAGGCUCGUUCUCGUCGUGGAAUGAGUCGCCUUCCGCUGCUUUUGGCACCCAGAUUUACUAUUCACAACAGAACUACAAGGGCGGCGCUAGGUGCUGGAACGGACCUGAGCGAAGCGUUCAUGUAGAGUUGUCAUGCGGCACCGAAAAUGCACUUCUCAGCGUGUCCGAGCCUGAGAAGUGCGAGUAUCAUUAUGUUGCUACAACGCCAGCGCUUUGCUGGCCUGAUUCCGAGCUUCAGCAAUCUAAUUUGCCCAGGGAAGACUUGUAGGUACUCUUGUAGUUGUCAACACAGCCAAACCCCUACCAUCACCAUCGCUGCGUUAGUGAGAGCUUGUGAACCAGACAAUAACAAUAAUGAUGAACAGUACUAAAUGGCAGACACGCUAACACUAAUUUGAACAAGGGGAAACCGCGACGACCCGGAAGUGGACAAUGACAAGGUCCUCAAACGAAACAACUUCAGUUAGUACAACAGAUGUAGUCGGUAGGGGAAUUCAAGGACGACACAAGCAACGUGAAUACAUAAAUAUACCAAGUUGAGAAAGACCGAAAGAAACGAAGUCCCGCAUCUUGGCCCUCAAGUUCAAGAUGCGUACAGCACGAGUUUUGAGUUUCUUGCUACCCAUUCCUUGAGUUCAUUGUCUCCGUGAAUAGAGGUCAGACCCUUUUCACCACGGGUUGCAGAA